UUGCCAUUAAGAAAAAAUGAAAUGCUCCCCCUACUGGACAGCAACUCAAUCUUAGGCUGAACCCGCUGUGUCACACUUUUGCACCAAGGUCCAAGGCAUAGAGAAGUGCGUUGAUUGCCCUUUAAAAGGCGGUAACUACGGUAGCCAUGGAGACAAGUGGACACAGAGGGCUGGCGGCAGACAGCAUGUCCUCCACAGUUCACUCCACAGGCAUAGCUAAGGACCACCUGCGCUCAAGCCAGGAGCACCCCCCAUGGCCAGAGGCUAAUGCUGAAGCUCUCAACUUCCUCAACUCCCUGAAGCUGCAGGAGCUGCAAAUGGUGUUUUUCUCCGAGACACUGGUCAUGGUCUGCGGCACAGGGGAACCUCAGGGAGAACUGACCAUCGAGGUGCAGAGCGGGAAGUACAAGGACCAGCAGGGUCUCAUGUCCCACUGUCUCUUUGUCCACGCUGGGAGCCAUAGCAUCUUGGAUAAAACCAUUUGUGGAAACUCCGUCCGGGGCUACCUGUCGUGGAAACUGGAGCCCUUAGAACAACACAGUCAUGAGUUCAUCAAGUUCCCCAUCCUCCCCAUGGAGCGGAAGACGAGUCUGCUGAAGAGGGAUGACCAGCUGACCAUGAUCAGAAGCGUCAGGGAGGGUGAGGAAGUGAAGACCAGCAAGACUUCCUUUCCUUGCAACUCAAAUGAGGGCUUCAUCUCUGAGGCUGCCAACAUGGUGCUGCUGCGGGUGAUGGCCUGGCGGCAGAUGGUGCCCAGCAAUGCCCGCUUCCUGGCCCUGGACACUGAGGGCAAACUCUGCUAUUCUACCUAUCAAGCUCUGGGCUUCCAGACAAUCCAGGUAGGCCACCAAGAGGCCCAAGCCUUCAUCGUGGAGCAGACCGUUCACUCGGAAGAGGGCAUCCCCAUGUCCUGUCAGUUCUACCUGCUCUCAGAUGGGCACCUGGUGAAGAGAGUACAGGUGGGCUCCCCGGGGUGCUUCCUCCUCACCAAGAUGCCCAUCCUGAGGGAGGAGGAUGAGAUUGAGUCUCCGCCCGUGUUCCGCAAGAAGCCCCUGGUGUGGGAGGAGGACAUGGAGCUCUACUCCAAGUUCCUGGACCGGAAGGAGCAGCUCCGGCUUGGACACGCCAGCUACCUGCGGCAGCAUCCCGACGCCCAGGCUCUCAUCUCCGACUUCCUGCUCUUCCUGCUGGUGCGGCAGCCCCAGGACGCGGUCACCUUCGCCGCCGAGUUCUUUGCCUUCUUCUCCAACUGCUCGCCUUUCCCAGUCUUGCGCUCCUCCCACCCCCCCAGCCCCUUCCGCUCGCUGGACGCCGAGGAUUGUGCCAACCUAGACUCCGACUCCGAGGAGGACUAGGCAGUCGGGGCUCCUGCGCGAAGAGGGUGCCCAGAGAGGGGCGGGCAGCCGGCCGCGGCUCUGCUGCGCCAGCACGGGCUGUCCCUGGCGGCGUCUGUUGUCUUGGGUCAAAAAAUACACAA